AAAAAAGAAUAAAAAAAAGAGCAACUAUUACUCAUUCCUCAACCGUUUUUUUCCGUGUAUUCUCUCUCUCUCUCUCUCUAGAUCCACGUUCUGCAUCUAACCCAUUUUUUUAUUAUUCAGUGAUUGAAACCCUCAUUGCUGAUCCCGCAUUCUGUUCUCGGAUCCAAAUCCUUAUUUUUUUUUUUUCUCUUCCCUCAAUCUUACCAAUCCCAUUACACAAACAAUAGUACAUUUCUUAGAUCUUCGGUCGCUUUGAAUCCAUCCCCUCCCUCAAAAAAUGGCAACAAUGGAGAGCUUGAUCGGGCUGGUGAACCGGAUCCAGCGAGCCUGCACCGUCUUAGGCGAUUACGGCGGCGAGGGGAUGUCGCUUUGGGAAGCUCUUCCUUCCGUCGCUGUCGUCGGAGGCCAGAGUUCGGGGAAAUCUUCGGUGUUGGAAAGCGUGGUUGGAAGAGACUUUCUGCCUCGUGGAUCCGGUAUUGUUACACGGAGGCCGUUAGUGUUGCAACUUCAUAAGACAGAAGGGGGGCAAGACUAUGCAGAGUUUCUCCAUGCACCAAAGAGAAAGUUAACCGAUUUUGCUGCUGUUCGUAAGGAGAUCCAAGAUGAAACAGAUCGUAUUACAGGGAGGUCAAAACAAAUCUCUAACAUUCCAAUUCACCUGAGCAUAUAUUCUCCAAAUGUUGUAAAUUUAACCGUCAUUGAUCUUCCUGGGUUGACAAAGGUUGCUGUAGAGGGACAGCCAGAAACUAUUGUUGAAGAUAUUGAAAACAUGGUUCGUUCUUAUGUUGAGAAGCCUAACUGCAUUAUAUUGGCUAUUUCUCCUGCUAAUCAAGAUAUUGCCACUUCGGAUGCCAUAAAACUUGCAAGAGAAGUUGAUCCUUCAGGUGAAAGAACAUUUGGUGUGCUAACAAAACUCGAUCUAAUGGAUAAAGGAACGAAUGCUUUGGAUGUUCUUGAAGGAAGGUCAUACAGGCUGCAACAUCCCUGGGUUGGAAUUGUGAACCGUUCUCAAGCUGAUAUAAACAAAAAUGUUGACAUGAUUGCUGCUCGUAGAAAGGAGCGUGAAUAUUUUGAAACGAGCCCUGAGUAUGGACACAUGGCACAUAAAAUGGGCUCAGAGUAUCUUGCCAAACUUUUAUCUAAGCAUUUGGAGACUGUUAUAAGACAGCGGAUACCAAGUAUCAUUGCUUUAAUAAAUAAAACAAUUGAUGAACUUAAUGCUGAGUUGGACCGUAUUGGAAGGCCUAUUGCAGUAGACUCAGGGGCUCAGCUGUACACUAUUUUAGAAAUGUGUCGUGCAUUUGACCGUGUGUUUAAGGAACACCUGGAUGGAGGGCGGCCUGGCGGAGAUCGGAUAUAUGGAGUUUUUGACCAUCAACUACCAGCUGCUCUGAAAAAGCUCCCCUUUGACCGUCAUCUCUCUACAAAAAAUGUCCAGAAAGUUGUAUCUGAGGCCGAUGGUUAUCAGCCACAUUUGAUUGCUCCAGAACAAGGAUACAGAAGACUCAUUGAUGGAUCUAUCAGCUAUUUUAAAGGCCCAGCUGAAGCCUCCGUUGAUGCAGUGCACUUUGUUUUGAAAGAACUAGUAAGGAAGUCAAUAGCUGAAACGGAGGAAUUGAAACGAUUCCCAACACUUCAAUCUGACAUAGCAGCUGCUGCAACAGAAUCAUUGGAAAGAUUUCGCGAUGAAAGUCGGAAAACAGUUCUGCGGCUGGUGGAUAUGGAAUCUAGCUACCUGACUGUGGAAUUUUUCCGGAAGCUUCAUCUUGAACCAGAGAAACCUUCAAACCCACCAAGCGGCCCAAAUACGGACCGUUACUCAGAUAAUCAUUUCCGGAAGAUUGGUUCAAAUGUCACCGCUUACAUUAAUAUGGUUUGUGAUUCACUGAAAAAUUCAAUUCCCAAAGCUGUGGUCUAUUGUCAAGUUCGAGAGGCCAAGAGAUCACUGCUCAACAACUUCUACGCUCAUGUUGGCAGGAGGGAGAAGCAGCAGCUUGGUGCAAUGUUGGAUGAGGACCCGGCGCUUAUGGAAAGAAGAAAAGCCAUCGCUAAGAGGCUUGAACUAUACAAGUCAGCUAGAGAUGAGAUUGACUCAGUGGCAUGGAAGUAAUGAGGUCUGCAGUCAUUUUUUGUGCUUAAACUCCCAGAAGAUAAACCACUUAGUUAACAAAUUAAUUGCAUAUUCUUUUUGUAAUCUAAAAAUAAUGAUUGUCUACAUUGGUCACUAGAGCUUUGAUUUGCCCUCGCAUAUCAUUUUCCACCUCUUUGGUAUUGUUUCCCGUUUCAACAAUCAUUUAACUAUGGGCGUACAUGAAAUGUGGCAUUUGUGAUGAUUCAUAAUAGAUUGUCAAAUUUUUCCUGUU